CCAGAUCCAUGCUCGUUCUCCUUGAGCCAAUCAGCGGACUGAGCGCCCCUUCCCGCCUUGGCUGGAGCCUGGGCGGCGAUGUUGCCUCCCAGCUCGCAUCCCAAUCUCCCUCCUUCAGCGCAGCCCGUCGUUCUCCCCCUUCCAACCCGCGUGACGGCGCCCGUCACCACCCAGCUCUCAAUCAACCAACUUCCGCAUUCCAGCGACACUUCCCAACACCUCACGAUAGCGCUGCACAACUGACCGCUUUUUGCAUUUUCCCGUUUGCGCGCUCCUUUGAUUCCUCCGUUUUUCACGCGCUCCUUAUCCAGCUCGUUGUGCCGUUGCCGAGGCUUUCGCUAGCUCUCGCGCGGUUGCUGCUUUCAUUCUCUGCCCGUCAAGUGCAGUCGCGCACGGUUGCGCAGCACCCGCCUGGGACGAGGGUGGCGCCAGCUGCUGUUCGCCUCUGCUCUCGCUGGUCUGGGGACGGGCCACAUUUGCCAGCCCCGGCUCCACUCCUUUCUCUUCUGACUCAGCCGAGUUCUCCGAGGCCGACCCACCCACGGACCACCUGCAAGCGGCCUGGACAGUUACGUCAGCCCUGGCUUGGCCGGACCAGGGCAGUUUCCGACCCCCUUUUCCGGAGCCGCGCCGCGGCUGCCUCGCGACGCCACCACCUUUCCUCAGAACAAACAACGCGCAUUCACCCGUUUCCCGACCUUCUCGCUCUCUGGCGCUCACGGGGCGUCGCUGUCCAGCACCGGCCCUGGCGAUGCCGAUGUUCCGCUUCUGGGCGUCCGACUCGAAGGGAGGGGUUAAGGUGGCAGAUGCGAGUCGUCAGCUCUCGCCGGACUGCGCCGACUCGAUCGCGCGCACCCCGCGAGAGCUCCCGACGCCCGUUUCUCCCAAGAAACGGCGCCCGAGCUUUCUCGACACCGGUGCCUGCCAGGCCGCCUUGUCACCGGCAAAGCGCGCCAAAGACGAGCACGCCGGCGAUUUGCCUUCUCCGGUCUCCGCGUCGGCGGACAACGAACGGGUGGGCACGCCGCGCGAGCGAACCAUGGCUCUGGACGCCGAAGUUGCCGCGGAAGUAAUCGAGUUCCAUUUUGGUCUCGAGAUACUCAUGAAACAUGACGAACUGCGGCUCAUCAACCAGGAGCUGGCCAAGUGCCAGAUCGCGCUGGAACAACUGAGGCGGUGCCAUCUCAUUCCUUAUCCUGUCCAGUGCCCAACGCCUAGCCAGAUGCUGGACAUCAGCAGCGGCAAGGGCCCUGCGCUGGGAUUGAGUUCCGGCGGUCCGGUGCCAAAAUGGGCCCCACCCUUCGGCGUGGUUGAGGGCCCGUACGCGCGCCAUUACGCUAAGUGGCUGAUACCUGAUCCCAUGUUUGAUGGCAUCGAACCUGCAGCCCCGGUCUUGACGGGUACGGGCCGAGUGAAGGGUGCCCCAGAAGCGAGGACGACGAGAAGUAGCAUCUUGGAUGCGGCUGGCUCAGGUAAACAACGCCCGAUCCGUGGCAUUGCUGGCCAGAGGUUACAGGCGCUAUCCAGUGGAUAUCCGCUACCGAAGGACAAGCAAUCAGGCUGUAUUCUCAGGCGAUCCGAUGGCGUCACAGUCAAGCUUGUUUGCAUCGACUGCCACAGAUGGGAUUUUUCGAGCACGCAAGGCUUCAUCAACCACUGCCGAAUUGCGCACAAGAGAGACUUCAAAAGCCACGAAGAGGCCGCCGUUCGGUGUGGACAUCCUGUUGAGGCUGGCGAGAGCCGCGCCGCCGUCGGUGAUGACAGCAAAGUCUCCGCUGGCGCCGCGCCUGGCUUGGUGCAUCCCCUUGCGCGCGCCGACGCUAUGUCGGAGCAGCAGGCCUGCAUGGCGCUACUUUCCCGCAUCCGCGCGUCGCUUGAUCUUUACAAGGCCGGAAAGCUGCCAUCUGUGAGCAGCAUUCCGGGUGUAUCGACUUCGGCGCGGUCUCCAGCUGGUGAAUCCCCGCCCAAUUUUGUAGGCUCCGCGGACACUCCGUUCCUGUCUCGGUUGAUGCAGAGGAAGAAGGUGAGCGGGAACCUUCAGGAGCAAGUGGCCGACGCAAAGACCAAGGUGGAUUGGGACCUGUUGUCCCUGAGCGGCGACUCGGACGCAGAGGAAACGGAGCCCGGCACGGUGGACGGCUCCGCCACUCCGGUUCAAUCUUCGGCUGCGGCCGCGGCCCGCACACCAGCUGCGAUGAGGAUGCCUUCUAGAGCCGCCGUGUCGCCUUCUCAACCACCAGCUGCUCACCGAGCCGCCAGCAAGAAGGGCCACCACGCAACAUCCCAGAAGUCGCUCGAAUCACAGUCGAGUGAGCUGCCUGAGACACCCAUGUACGAGGAGGAUAUGGAUGUGGAUCUGAGCCCCAACACCAUGGCUAGCAACAAUGCGCCAUCCCUUGUUAGCGACGAUGGGGAGUAUGACGAUUCCGAUGAUGCGGCUUCAUCGGAAGACAGCGACUCCGUGGACACCGAGUCGGUUUCGGACGUUGCUGAGAUCAAUAUCGACGAUGACAGCGACGCCGGACAAGACACGCCGCGGCCGGUUCGUCGGCGCCGCGGGUCCAACAGCAAGGCCGUUAGAUUGAAGAAAGAUGAAAGCAGGCAUGUCACAUUUGUGACCCCAACGCCCGUACCUACCAACGCCAAGGGGAGGCGGAAGAAGAGUUGAUCACUGGGUCCAUCGCGCCUGAUGCCGCAUCCCGAUCCGACUACAGCCUUCUUAUGAACGAUGCGUUUACACAACAUACAACCUUUUAAUACAAUUUGACCUUCGAGAGCGUCGACGCCCUUUUCCUCCCUUGGAUUCACAUUCGUCGGCU